GUGAGAUGCGAGGCGGGGGACCGCUUUGGGCUCCUCAAGUCGUACGACAAGCAAGUCAAGCAACAGGGAAAGAGAGAGGAGUAGUGACCCGUUACUCAUUCACGCACCCGCGGAAUCGCAAGAAGCGCUAUCAGUCGCACUCAUGCUCCUCUCUUGCCUACCGGGGAAGCAGGCCCCUUCUGCUCAGUCUCACGGCGACGAGCCUGGCGAAGCAGCCCCCGUCACUGGCUGCCCCUUCUGCAAGAUAGCUGAAGAAGCUCCAUCGUCUCCCGACUCCUAUGCAGCACCUUCCAAGCCGGUACCUUCGACACUCACAUCGACGCCGAGUCCGACCCGCCUCGUACUGACCUCGGACCGCUUUGUUGCUUUUCACGAUCGCACACCACGCGCUGCUGUUCAUCUCUUGGCUAUACCACGGGAGCAUGUGGGGAGUGUCAAGUCGCUCAGUGGCAAGCCUGGCGCCGAGCUUGUUGACUCCCUGCACGCCUUUGGUCGGCAAGCAUUGGAGAUGGCUUCGUCUUCAACAUCUCGGCCAAGCUCGCAGCGCCUCUACGGCUUCCACAUCCCUCCCUUCAACUCUGUCGACCACCUGCACUUGCACUGUCUCGAGUACCCGCUUACUGUCACCGGACGGAUAAAGUACUGCGCAACACAGUCGAAGGGCAGAAAGCUCAAAGGCUGGACUUGGUUCGUGGAGGCUGAGCAGGCAAGGGGGAUUCUGGCAAGGGGGAGAGGGGUCAAAGUGGGGAGUGUGUAUGCUGAUCAGGCUGAGGGGGCGUAGCAUGGCAAUGAGACAAGCAGGCUGCGGGAUACCACGUAGAAUUGUAGACGCUCACCCUCCUUCACGUGGCAUGCUUCGCCAACGGACUCCCUUGCUCCCCUCUCCUCUCACUCCCCUUGGGCGGCAGCAAAGCCCCGGGAUUCAUAACCCCCUCUGGAUCGAUCAACCCUUUGAUCUCUCGCAGUAGCCCCAGUGUCCCGCUUCCCAGCUCUGCCUCCAAGAACUCCCUCUUCCC